UGCGAAUUUGACAGAUGUGGUGAUCUCAAAAUCGUAUCGGUCGUGCGGUCAGUCUUUGUAAAAAAAAUAUAAAUUUUCCUCAAAUUUUCCUGGUUUUCUUGUCUAGUAGUUCUGACCUGGAAUGCAGGAAAUUACGGAACGUAUUCUCCAGUACAUUGACCAGCAUGGUGACGUCGAUACGCUGGAUUUGGUGCCGGUUUUCGGCGAAGAUCAUCAGAAGAUUGUCGGUGGUGUGAAAAGCAUUGAAUCCACGGCUGCGGAUAUGAUCAGGACAGCUCAAGCCACCAGGAAAACAUGGGAACUUACUGAGGAGGGUAAGCAGAUAUUGACCAAUGGGAGUCAUGAGGCUGUACUAUUUAACGCCGUUCCGGCGGAGGGGAUUCCGCAAGCGGAGCUGAUGAAGUCGUCGCCCAAUGCCAAGGUAGGAUUCAGUAAGGCCAUGUCUAAUGGUUGGAUCCUAAUGGAUAAGUCCAGCGGGACACCAUUGAUCAAGAAGAAAGUUGACCAGAUUGAGGAUGUGGUUAAAGAUCAUGUCAAAGCUGUGUCAGAGGGAAAAGAUAAAGAUGUGCCAGAUAAUGUGAAGAACGAGUACAAGAAGCGGAAAAUUUUAACCGAAACCAUCACCAAGAGCUUCGUGUUGUCAAAGGGACCGGAAUUCUCAACAAGUCUGAAGAAGCUGGAAACUGAUUUGACGGUUGAAAUGCUAGCGAGUGGUAUCUGGAAGGAUCUCAAAUUCAAGCCUUACAAUUUCGACGCCUUGGGUGUUCCUCCCGAGCGAGGACAGUUGCACCCCCUAAUGAAGGUUCGCUCCGAGUUCCGAGCAAUUUUCCUGGAAAUGGGAUUUUCGGAAAUGCCGACGAACAAUUUUGUCGAAUCCAGCUUCUGGAACUUCGAUGCUUUGUAUGUACCCCAGCAGCAUCCGGCUCGUGACCAGCAAGACACCUUCUUUGUUUCGCAUCCUAAAGUUAGUAAUAAAUUCCCUCUGCAGCUUCUGGAUGCUGUUAAAAAAUCGCACGAAAAUGGAACGGAUGGUUCUAUUGGAUAUCGAUAUAAUUGGAAGUUGGAGGAAGCUCAGAAAAAUGUUUUGCGAACGCAUACGACCGGUGUCAGUGCUCGGAUGUUGUUCAAGGUGGCCCAUCAGCCAGGUGGUUUUCAGCCAGUCAAAUACUUCAGUAUUGACAAGGUCUUCCGAAACGAAACCCUGGACGCUACGCACUUGGCUGAGUUCCAUCAGGUGGAGGGUGUUGUUGCGGAUUAUGGACUGACGUUGGGCGAUCUCAUCGGGACUUUCAACGCCUUCUUCAACAAGCUUGGCAUUACGGAACUGGAAUACAAGCCGACUUUCAAUCCAUAUACCGAGCCCUCGAUGGAGAUCUUUUGCUUCCAUCCGGGUCUGCAGCGGUGGAUCGAGGUGGGAAAUUCCGGUGUCUUCCGACCGGAGCUGCUGCGUCCUUUGGGUGUGCCCGAGGGUGUGAACGUCAUUGCCUGGGGUCUAUCGCUGGAGCGGCCCACGAUGAUCAAAUACGGCAUUAACAAUAUCCGUGACUUGAUCGGACCCAAGGUGGACCUGAGAAUGGUGCAGGAUGGACCAAUCUGCCGAAUGAACCGCUAAGGAUAGAGGACCUUGUUUCUCAUUAUGCUUUUACGUUUUGUAUGCGAUGAAUAACAAAGUCAACUUGAACUUAGGCUAGUUCUGUUAUUUAA